AACAUCGCAAGCCGUCGCAUACUUGUCAAAUUCCGCGUGGAUAUCGGCUGCAUUGCACUGACUUCCCUCAUUCGAAUAUCGUUGGAUUACGAGCUUUGACGUGUUAAAUUUUGGAUGCCGAAGCAAACAGUUCAAGACCUUUAAGUUAGGCGUGUUUUUCGAUCCAAAGACUUGUCUCAGUAGGGGGUAGAAUACGUCACUGCCGCUCUGUUGUAGCUAUUUUCGAUCGAACUCAACUCGAUGGUUGGCUGUCCCACUCGCAGUUGAGCAAUAUGGCGACGAAAGUUGGAGGACGUCUCUUUUCCUUGAUCUUCUUCGCCUUCCUUUACCUUCUAGCUCAAGAAGCCCAAAGUCUAAGGUGCAGAUGUAGUACACAUAGCUGCCCUGGUGAUCAUCACAAUGAAACUUGCACAACUGAGGGCAAGUGCUACAAGAAGGUGGAACCUGGUGUUGAUGACAGUUAUGAGCUUAUCACAUAUGGCUGCCUACCACCAGAUGAAAAGACAAGUAUGCAGUGCAACACACCAGACCAUGUUCACAAGAAGCAACUGUCUAUGGAAUGCUGCAAAGAUGGUGACAUGUGUAACACCUUCUUAGAGCCGACUUUGCCAACAACUCCCAGUCCUACCACAGGUGAGACCGAAGAGAAAGAGCUUGAAGAUGGUGUAACAGAGCAGUACUCCAUCCUCUUCAUCAGUGCUGGAGUUUGUGUUGUGGUUUUCAUAAUCUUCCUCAGCGUUCUUUGCUAUCGGUUUAGAGUGUCGCGGGGCAGAGUUCCAUCACCUCUUGAUGUGGAGAAGUAUGGGAAUCCAUACUUGAUGCCUGGUGAAACACUGAAAGAUAUGCUGGAUCAGAGCUCUGGCAGUGGCUCAGGAUUGCCACUUUUGGUACAAAGAACAAUAGCCAAGCAAGUGACACUAAUCAGAAGUGUUGGCAAGGGAAGGUAUGGAGAAGUGUGGCAGGCCAGGUGGAGAGGUGAAGAUGUGGCUGUCAAAAUAUUCCUUUCACAUUGUGAAUCGUCUUGGCAGAGGGAAACAGAAAUCUACCAAACUGUUCUACUUCGCCAUGAAAGCAUUCUUGGAUUCAUAGCAUCAGACAUUAUUGGAAGCAAUCAGGUGACUCAGAUGUAUCUGAUCUCAGAUUACCACCCGUAUGGUUCACUUUAUGAUUUCUUAAGGGGGCACUGCCUCAACAAGAAGACUAUGCUCAAGCUGGCAUUGUCAGCCUCAGCAGGACUAACUCAUCUUCACACUGAAAUACAAGGAACUAAAGGCAAACCUCCAAUCGCUCAUCGCGAUAUUAAAAGUAAAAACAUACUUGUGAAGGAAAACCUAACCUGCUGUAUUGCAGACUUUGGACUUGCAGUUAAAUACUCUACCGACACUGAAGAAAUUGACAUCAAACCAGACACAAGAGUUGGAACAAGGAGAUAUAUGGCUCCAGAGGUGUUAGAAAAUAACUUGGAUUCUAGAAAUUUUGCAGCAUUUAAGAUGGCAGAUAUUUACUCUUUUGCUCUUGUCUUGUGGGAGAUUGCAAGAAGGUGUAUAUCUGAUGAAACUGGAAUGUGUGAAGACUACCAGGUUCCAUACUUUGACAUGUUACCUGGAGAUCCAUCUUUUGAUGAAGUAAAGAAAGUUGUGGUGACAGAAAAGAGGCGGCCUCUAGUUCCCAACAGAUGGUACAGAGAUGAGUCACUCCAAACACUGGCAAAGCUGAUGACUGAGUGUUGGGCAAGCCACCCUACUGCCCGUUUGACAGCUUUAAGAGUGCAGAAAACAUUGAACAAACUCAAGAAGUCAAUGGAUUUUAUAGAAAAACCGUAUAAACAUGAUGAUGAUAGCCCUCGCACAAGUGUGACAACAGCAUAAAGAAACAAAUACUUGUGGAUUGUUUGAAUUCACCCUCCAUCUUCUGAAAGACAAUCAUCAGAUUACUAAACCAGUACAGGUAAUCUCUACCACAAGAAAAAAGAAUCAAGUCAGAUUGGAGAAAACUCUCGGAGACUCUAAAAUGACAAACUGUCACUAGCUUCAGACAUGCUCAAAAACUAUGUAAGACUAUAAUGCCCCCCUUACAAAAGGGCAUUGGACCAAAUAAAAUGUAAUUAGCUGCAGUUGGAUAUUAUCGUAGAUUAGAGUUUGGUUUCAGUUUCAAAAUUAAAAUACACAUGUACAGAAUGCAAGGGAAUUUAAACAGAAAUACCAGUAUACAAAUGACAGGUUGGAACUUAAUCAAUUCACAUACUUUGACUUACUGGUCAUUUUACUUAAAUACAAAAUAUACAUAACUUUAUUUGUUAAAAGCAUGCCUGAUGCACUGCAUAGUAGUUGUCAAUGCGAUUCUUUGCAUGCUUCACUACAUAUGCAUAUAGACAGAAAAUACCCUCUGUGAGUUGACUAAAAGUAUGGAAACUGCUGAAAUUAAACGUGAUUUAACAAA